AUGCCGGCAAACACGCACGGCCGCCCUGCCACACUGCAUCCGUCGUGGGUGUGCUGCGUGCACCCACGUACUGGACUGCACGGCACCGGCGUAGGUGGUAGCCGAGGAAGGGAGCUCGUCAAGGGAGGUGCACUGACGAGACCCGUGGUGCGCGCCUGUGGCUCCUCUUGGGCUCGCUCGCUGACCACCGCACCUACCUCCUCCUCAUCCACCAAGCCCCGCACCUACCUCCUUCUCAUCCUCCAGGAGAAGGUGGAUGGAGGGAGGGCUGUUGCCCUCGGUCUGCCGGCUGUUGGUGUUGCGGAUCUGGUCGCCGAAUCCGGCGAUUUUGGGAGGAAGAAGGUGGAGUAUGGGUGGCCAGCGGUGAGGGACCUCGUCGUCCGUGAAGGAGUAGCACACCAGGGUGAGGUGCGCCGCCACCCGCUGCACACCAGGGACAGCGGUAGCGAGCGGGCGAGGCUGGGCCCUGGGGAAGAGGUCGAGUGGGGCGGGACAGGGACACGGCGCCGAAGGAGAAGACGAGGUGAUGUCGGCUGGAAGGGAGGGGAGGCGCGGUGGUCGGCAGGGAGGAGGAAUAGGGUGGAGGUGGUGUGUGGGUUGGGGAUUUGA